UACACAUUUCGCAAUCGUAGUGUGUUUUGUCAACUUCGGCUAAUGAUUUUGUCCUUUUAAACAUCAUUUGUAUACACAUAUCCGGCAAUAAUGACACGUAUUGCGAGGAAGCGGCACCACAAGGGUUAUACCCACAUCCAGAAAAAGUACAGAACGCGACGGAAAACGAAGGAUUUGGACCAGAUUGACAAAGACCUACAACCGGCAGAAUCGCAGAAAUUAUUGAAUCAAGACGUCGACCACGAUAAACCGGGAUCUGCCCAACAUUACUGCCUUCAUUGCGCGAGAUAUUUCAUCGACUUGAAAGCACUCAAGGAUCAUUUCAGAUCAAAGCUACACAAAAGAAGAAUGAAAGCUCUUGAAGUUGAACCAUACACACAGAAAGAGGCUGAUGCAGCGGGAGGCUUGGGAACGUAUCACCCUCCAAAACGAAGAAAAAUCACCACCCAGGAGAUAGUGGAAGAUGCCAAAAUGGAUCAGUCAGAAGUAUCGGAAGUCAAGCAGGACAAGUAGAUAGGGACAUUCUAUUCUGGGAUGAGGGGUGAAGCUUGACAGGUCAUGGAAGGUCAUCAGCAAGAAAGAAGGGAAAGGGAAAAUGAGCAGUCAAAUAUUCUUGUAAGUCUUCCUUACACACAAUAACAAACUGAGAUCACAUCAAGGACAUAUAGUUGAAAAAAGAUUGUAUGUAUUAUAUCAGCUUCAAGCGAUCCUGUGGUAUCAUGGCACUUUAUGUGCUUUCACUUUCAAAAAUAAAUGUGAAUUUUCCAACGAUUUUUGGCUGACCAAUCUUUAAAAAUAGACUAGUUCCCAACCGGAGAAUUCCCAGCUGUCUAUAAAUUGCUCGGUUUUGUCGAAAGUAUGAUCAAGGAACCAGACUACUAGAACAGCAUGUUCUUCUCUCUGCGGU